CUGUAGGCUGUCGACACUCGACAGUCGAACUGUCGAACAAACCAUUUGUCACAGUCGGACAGCCCCCAGUUUCAUUUUAUAUUUCACUCUUUACUCUUUGUCUUUCCCGUACGUCCCUGUAAGAAUUCCAAUUAUUUUGUUGUUUGUUUCAAUCACUUCGUAAAUUAAUAUAAACUCCUUUCGUACAUCACAUUAGUAUACCGGCUAGGAGUGACUUUAAAUUGUUCAAGAUCUUUAGUGAACGUGCACAGGGAACGAUCAAUUGUUUUGAAUGGUAAUUGUUUAAAACUUUAAACUAUAGAUCUUCCUUGACUAGUUAAAAAUGACCGGAGUUCGUGUCGGUCGUGUCCCGAAGCGCCGGAGAGGUCACCGCGUCAAGCGUCAGUCAGUGGUGAGAAUGAUGGCAAUCAUGCAGGAUAGGAACAGUUCCGAGGUGCCGCGGGAGUUCUUGGAGACGGGUCGGACGGGGCGGAGGAACGCCAUGCCGGACAUCCUACACCCCCAGGGGGCGGAGGUGACCACCGCUGACCUACCUUCGCGGCUCCAACAGCUCGUCACCACUGAUCCAGAUAACCCUCAGCCGGGCACAUCUAAGAGCGACCUUGAUCCAGCCAGCGCUGACGUCACUGAGAAAAAAGACAGCUGUAGUUGAACUGUCCAAAAACAAUCCCGGAUCUAGCUGGUCUCAUACAAAGUAUAUGUAAUCUCAAUCAGCUAUAUAGUAUUACUUAGCACUUGGUAGAACUAGGUGCAUACAAAUGUAGCUCUUAUGUCUUCUACGAGAAAGUAGAUUGUUAGUACGUUCGAUGGGACUAGCCGUCGAAUCUAUUAAUUUCCGCUAUAUUGUAUCUCAAAUAUUUAAUUAAAAAUGUGUAUAUUUAGUUGUGUAUCAAAGAAAUUGUUUUGUUUAGAAAUUAUUCUACAAUUUAGUUAUUGUUUUUUUUUUCUUUAUGUCAAGUACAAACUAAUUUUGUGAUUCCUGUGUGCUAUUAGCUUAGAUUUGUUUUAAAAUGUUUUUUUUUAUUUUGUACACAGUUAAGUCAUACACAGAUUAUAGAUACUGAUAUUUUGUUUUAGUUUAUAGGUUGUAUUUUUUAAUCUGUAUACAUGUUGUGACUUGAAGAUCGGGUGACGUCAUACAAGUGACGUAACAAUUGUACAAUCUAUCUAAUAAAUGCUUAUGUGUUCCAAAGAAAGUUAAUCUUUAGUUAGAAAUAGACCGAAUAAUGUUCUGUUUGAGUUCCAACAGAUAUGAGACAUUGUGACGAUCAAUUAUCUUGCUAGUAUAAUUUGCGUCACUUGUAUGUUUGGAGCGUAGUGACUACAUAAAAGGAAUCAGGCAAUUCAAGUAAUAAUAUCUUCUGAUAUUUAAAACACGAAUUACUAUGAAUUAAACUAAAUUAACAUAUAUUUAGUUCAUAGUAAAUGUUUGUCCUAAUAGUCAUAGCAAGUCUCAAACAUACUUAUAUUGCCCUAUGAUUCUCUAUACAUACCCAUAUAAACAAAUUAAAACUUUUUUUUUUGUAUCUGUAAUGUGGUAAUAAUUGUCAACAAUUUUAUUAUUAAUAUUGUAAUCGAUGUACUACGAAAAUUGCCUUUCUAUGUGUCGUACAUCGAAUUGAUAUCAACGUUUCUCGAGUUAUCUGUGACUGUAUUAAUUAAUAUUCUAUGUGCUAUGUAGUAUAGUCUGUGUCAUAUACGCGGGGCUCUUCGGUGAAAUAGUCUAUGAUCUGUGCUUCUUACUAGUAACUUCUAUGAAACAUAUCUUUUUUUUUAUAUGCAUGAUGUAGCGCAUUAUGAUAGUCCAGUAUCGAUUAGAAUAGAUGUAAAUUAAUUGUAUGUAGCAUAACAUUUUUGUACGUUUGUAACGCGGAACGCUUCGUCAAUCUGUACAUAUCUUCAUGAUCCAUCUGACUAGAAAAAUGUACUUACGUCAUUUAAUUGGCUGUAUACAUAUAGAUUAUAUAAAUUAAUAGUUUUUUUUUCAUGUGAAAGUACAUUGGUAUAAUAAUAAAAAUAUAACUAACGCCACUACGUAUUUUUAAGAUCUGUAGAAAUUAAACGCACAUCUAUGUCUAUGUCAAUUAUGUGACACUAGCUUUUUUAACUAUCUUUAUUAUGUUAUGUCAUCUGUCAAAAUUGAUACAUUAUUUGUUGUCUUAAAUGUCAAAAAUAUGAAAUGCCACAAAAAAGGUAUUUCUGUUCUAGGUGUUUACUUUUAAGGUUCUCAAUUACAAACUUUUACGUUUCUUUGGAAUAAGUGUAAGUUUUUUCACAUACGGUUACAAGAUUUUUGAAUUUGGAACGUGUCUGCGUUUAUUCUUCAUUAACACAUUUUUUUUUUUUUAUAACGUUUAAUGAAAAAUUCUAUCAAUUUCACCACAAAGGUUUAUAUGAACCGAAAUUUAUGAUGUUAUAUGGAGGAAGUCAAUAGUAAAAAACGGAAAACAAUAAGAUUUAUUUUUAUAAAAACUUCAAAUGCAAUCAUAUACAACAGUAAAUCUUGCGAUUUAUUUCAAUGUAAUUCGUAAAGCAAGCAUAUCUUUGCGUUUAGUAGGAGUUUUUUUUUACUUGAACGCCGAUAGUAUGAACGUGUUUUAUUGAUGAACAACCUUGUUAGUAUCACCAACGAUCGUGAAUGAGAAACGUUAAAACUAUAUAUGUAAAAUUACAGAGACAGCACAUUUAACAUUAGUUAUAUCAAUAUCGUAGCAAUAGUGAAAUCUGUAGACAUUUUAAUGUACCUUUCUCGCAUAGAUCUAUAAAUAAAAAUUAUUUGUUAUGUU